CAAACCAUGCCCUCUCGCUGCGGCACUGCCGUACGAAUCUUCACCACCACCCUCUUCGCCGCGGUGGUCCUGUUCGCCAUCCUGCUGGCCUACGUCACGGGCUACCAGUUCAUCCACACCGAGCAGCACCACCUGUCCUUCGGCCUGUACGGGGCCAUCCUCUUCCUCCACCUGCUGCUGCAGAGCCUCUUCGCCUACCUGGAGCACCGGAGCAUGCGCGGGCCGGCCCGACCGCAGCACCUGCGGCGCUCCGUGGCCCUCUGCAUCGCCGCCUACCAGGAGGACCCGGACUACCUGCGCAAGUGCCUGCGCAGCAUACGCCGCAUCUCCUUCCCCGGCCUCAAGGUGGUGCUGGUGGUCGACGGCAACCGGCCCGAGGACGCGUACAUGAUGGAGAUCUUCCAGGAGGUGAUGGGCGGCGCGGAGCAGGCCGGGAGCAUGGUGUGGAAGGGGAACUAUCACAGCGGAGGAGGUGGUGGAGGAGGAGGAGGAGGAGAAGGAGGAGGAGGUGGAGGAGGAGGAGUAAAUGAUGAGGAGGCGGCGCGUGUGACACGGAUAUUGCGCAACUGCCGCUACUCGUGCAUCAUGCAGGAGUGGGGAGGCAAGCGGGAGGUCAUGUACACGGCCUUUAAGGCCCUGGGAGACUCUGUGGACUAUGUGCAGGUCUGUGACUCAGACACAGUGCUAGACCCUGCCUGCACUAUAGAGAUGCUGAAGAUCCUGGAGGCGGAUCCUCUCGUUGGAGCCGUUGGCGGUGAUGUUCAGAUCCUGAACAAAUACGACUCCUGGAUCUCCUUCCUGAGCAGCGUGCGCUACUGGAUGGCGUUCAACGUGGAGCGGGCGUGCCAGUCUUACUUCGGCUGCGUGCAGUGCAUCAGCGGGCCCCUGGGCAUGUACCGCAACGCCCUCCUCCAGCGCUUCCUGGAGCCCUGGUACCACCAGACCUUCCUGGGCAGCAAGUGCAGCUUCGGCGACGACCGGCACCUCACCAACCGCGUGCUCAGCUUCGGCUACAAGACCAAGUACACGGCGCGCUCGCAGUGCCAGACCGAGACGCCCACGCGCUACCUGCGCUGGCUCAACCAGCAGACCCGCUGGAGCAAGUCCUACUUCCGCGAGUGGCUCUACAACGCCCUCUGGUUCCACAAGCACAGCCUGUGGAUGACCUACGAGUCGGUGGUGACCGGCUUCUUCCCCUUCUUCCUGGUGGCCACGGUGAUCCACCUGUUCUACCGCGGGCGCCUGUGGAACAUCCUGCUCUUCCUGCUCACCGUGCAGCUGGUGGGCAUGGUCAAGGCCACGUACGCCUGCUUCCUGCGCGGCAGCCUCGUCAUGAUCUUCAUGUCGCUCUACUCGCUGCUCUACAUGUCCAGCCUGCUGCCGGCCAAGAUCUUCGCCCUCUUCACCAUCAACAAGGCCGGCUGGGGCACCUCGGGCCGCCGCAAGAUCGUCGUGAACUUCAUCGGCGCCAUCCCCGUGACGGUGUGGGCGGCCAUUCUGCUGGGCGGGGUGGCCUACACCAUCUACUGCGAGACUCAGGAGCCCUUCAACGAGACGGAGAAGGCCCUGCUCAUAGCGGGCACCAUCUUGUACGCUUGCUACUGGCUCGUCCUGCUGGUGCUGUACCUGGCUAUAGUGGCUAAGCGGUGCAACAAGCGUGAGGAACAGUACCAUCUGCCCUAUGCUGAGGCCUAGCACAGGGAUAUUACUGAUUGACUGCUGAGAGCCUUUCCUCUCCUUUAUGGUGCUGCUACAAGAGCCGGACCAAGUCCUGACGUGAUGUUUGACCUUGGAGCCGCUCCCUAUCCAUGGUGCUAUGGACUCGCCGGUGAGGGUUGUGU